AUGUCGAUCUCAGAAUUCAGACGGAAGAAGCUUCUCUAUGUUUUUAACGUAUUCUUUGAUGUCAAUCAGAGUGGAACCAUCGAAAGAAAGGACUUUGAAAUUGCUAUUGAAAAAAUCUGCAGCCUGCGAGGCUGGAAACCAGGAGACGCUAAGCAUACGGAAACGCACGAAAUAAUGAUUAAGAUUUGGGAUGGGUUAAGGAAGAGGGCUGAUUCUAACAAAGACGGUCAGGUGUCAGUGGAGGAGUGGGUCUCAAUGUGGAACGACUACGCUCAAAACCCAUCGGCUGCGCUAAAAUGGCAGCAGCUUUACUGUCAUUUCAUGUUCCAACUAGAAGACGCUAGUGCUGACGGUUCUAUUGACUGUGAUGAAUUUACUACUGUCUGCUCAUCCUAUGGCAUUGAUCCACAGGAGUGCAAAUUAGCCUUCAGCAAGAUGGCCAAGGGCCAUGCCAGUGUCUCGUGGGAAGAGUUUCAAGAACUUUGGAAAGAGUACUUCUCUACUGAAGAUCCAAAUGCUGCUGGCAAUUUCAUAUUUGGAAGAACCAGCUUUUAA